AUGUCUUUACUUGCGAGAGUGUUGCAGAUAUCUUCUGAAAAACAUCUGUCCAAAAAGUCAUCAGCAGCACUGACACCAAUAACUCCGGUGAGUUCCAGAGCCUCUCAAACCUCCAAAAGCUCAUCCUCUCCACCACCACAGUCGGUGCAACAAUCAUCUCAUUCUGCAUACACAUUAUCCAUCAACAUUGAAUCUCCACCGAUAGUUUUAUAUGGAACUCCUGGUGAAUGUACUGGGUCGAUAAUAUCAGGAAUAUUGAAACUCACCAAUGAAGAUACUAUUGAGUUGGAAAAUGUCACAUUGUCACUCGUUCAAACUAUGAAAUAUACAAAACCAUUCAUUUUACCAAACUCUGCGUCAGUAUCCAGUUGUAAAAAGUGUAAUACUCGUGUUAUUGAUUUGGCAAGGUGGGAUAUAUUGACAGCAGCAACGAGUUUCCCUCCCGGUGAACAUGCAUAUCCCUUUUCUCAUUUAUUACCUGGAUCAUUACCACCAACGUCAAAGUUAGGGUCCUUGCAUUCACAAUCAUUUAUAAAGUAUGAGCUUGUGGCAGUUGCUACGGAUAUUAAUGGUAAAGUGAAGAAGUUAGUGAUACCGGUGAACAUUGCUCGGCUGAUUAUUAGAGGCCCAGAUAGAAAUUCUGUGAGGAUUUUCCCACCUACAGAAGUGACAACAAAUGCUGUGUUACCUAACGUGAUCUAUCCGAAGGCAGCAUUUCCCAUAGAACUCAAGAUUGAUAACAUAGUAAGCAAUUCACAACAAAGGCGUUGGCGGAUGAGAAAGUUGAGUUGGAGAAUUGAAGAGAAUACGAAAGUGAGAGCAUACACUUGUGACAAACAUAUCCCAAAACUACAAGUUGUUGAAAAAGCAUAUAGUAAAUCUUCAAAGUCAAAUAUGCCGGCAACUACUGGUACCAAAACCUCCAGCAUGCACCAUAGCACGGUGUUAACCAAUAUCUCAUUGAUGACCAGUCCAUCGAAUUUGGAGUCACAGCCACAAGAUUUACAUGAUGGUAUCCCCGAGAGUGAACCACUAAACGAUGCCGAGCAUGACAUCGAAGAGACUAUUAGAAGCGGGCCUUCGCGUGCACAUGAGAAUUUUAUCGAAGAUUUUAUUAAUCCAAAUCAAAGAAAUAACACUACCCAUGAGCCUGAUUUAUCAGCUCAACCUUCGAUCCAAACCCCACAACCUAAAGACACAGAGAAACAUUUGUAUUUAGAAGAAACAAGAACAGUUAGUUAUGGAGAUAUCAAAUCAGGUUGGAAAUCUGACUUUUCAGGUCGAGGAAAAAUUGAGUUAGUGGCCAAUAUCAAUACAACCAAUUGCUCCACGGGGAUGAUCAAUCAUAUAAAUACAUUAAGUACUGAAGACGCACCCAUUGUUAUGGAUACUAAAAAAGGGGCAAAUUUUGCUUGCGACAUUGAUGACCCAACUUUAGGUGUAUUUGUGAACCAUACAAUGAUUGUCGAAGUAGUAAUUGCCGAAGAAUUGGUCCACAACUUGGAGAGGAAAAGAGCGGGUUCAGGAACAUCCAAGGAUUUAGCUCCAGUACAAUCCAGAGCAAGUGUUGUAUCUAAUGAUGGCGGUAAAUCUUCAUCUGGUGGUCCUGUCCAAAUGGGGGUGCCUACUGGGUCUGCAAGAGUAUUGCGUAUGCAGUUCAAAUUACCAGUUACUGAAAGAUCAGGAUUAGGUAUUGCCUGGGAUGAUGAAGUACCCCCAACUUAUGAAGACGUGAGCACUUUAAGUCCUCCUACAUACAAUGAUCAUACAUCGUCGCCAUCUACGAUAACACCCGUUGUGUCAGCUAGUGAGAGACCAACUCCAAAUAUUCUUUAUGGUAGAGGGGAAACUCCUGUAAUGGGGAAUUUUGGACUGGAUCUAUCACAAGUAAACAGCAUUGAUGCUAUGGUUGACAACAUUCAAGAAUUUUCGUUAUAA